GUCGUGCGAAGUGCGAGGAUCGCGCAAGCUCGCAAACUUGUCACUGCUGCGUUUCGUACUUGUGCCCGUCGCAGCUCAACGAGCAGCUGUCAGCGGAAGGCCGGACCGAUUUGUAAUAUCUGGUCAGUUAUUUAGUCCCUCGUCCGUCCAAUUAUCAUUUGACCGAUCUGUGACGAGGGGGCUGAUUCAGAGAGCAAGAAAAACGAAGUUGGUGGAAGAAGACGAUAUGCCAGAAAACGAACGGAACACGCAGUCGGAUUCUCGAUACGCGAGAUAGUGGAGGACAACCGACGGAUAAAUAGUGACGAUAGUGACCAGUGAUUUCGGCACGAUUUGGCAGCUUAAUUGAUCAGGUGCGGUAUCCUGCUGAUUCGCUGACUGCGCCGCGCGUGUCCGCCCACGAAUACGCUCUUCUCACCCCCGCAAACGGUUUUACAGGUCUUGUAGAAUCUUUCGCAUUUAGCAUUCAAAACUAAGUAUGGGUUGGGUUCUUACCGGACUUGGAAUAGUUCUGAUCGUUAUCACUGUUGGCGUCACAUUUGUCGUUUGCAAAAGAUAUUGCAUUGGAUGGCAAUUUGACACCAGGAAUUUCUGGAGCGUUUGUGAGGAAUGGAGACAGAGGCUUUCCUGGCUUUGGGCACCGCGGGAAGAAAAGGUUGGAUUAGUAAAGGCUCAGCAUCCAACUGCCCAGACAAUACCAGGUCUAUAUCGCCAGACUGGGAAUUCCUCUCAACAUCUCUUGCAUAGUGAUAGCGAUCUUCGAUUAGAUGCACAAGGCGCCUUUACCAGAUUUGAGGCUGUCGACAGGGAUCUACAUCCGCCCCUCGGUGGCAGCACGAUACCACCUCAACCAUUAAGGCCCGCUCCUCAACCACGGUCGACCGCUCGUCCGAGGCCGUCGCCGCUUCAGACGUCGAGUACUGUCGACUAUAUCAGGAUGCACGAAACCAACUCGGGUCCGUUGACGCCACCACCGUCGAUGCAAAGAGGGUCGAUACGAUCGAGAGCCCCCGGUCCGUCCGUGUUUCUCUUUCAGAGCGAACCACCGAAGAAUCGCGACCCUUUCCAGUCGAUCGAGCGUUCCUUCAUAUUUGACAAUGGUCCUGCGAAUACGAUAACGGAAAGCAUUCAAAUGACACCUUAUUCUAGUCAGAACCAUGUAGAUUCUAGAUUAAUCAGGCAAUUUGAGCCUCCUUCUUCCAAAGAGCCGGCGUGGCUCAGAUACGGUAUAAGCGCACCCCUAGAUAAUCGUCAUGACAAGUUAAGCGACGAGGAGGUCAAUAGAAGUUACGGCAGCUACGAGAUCGUCCAGAGGAAUCACGUCGCGCGACCAUACGGGAGGAAUGAAUCCAGAGGGUUCUCGGAUAGCUUCAGCACGACGAAUUCAUCAAAUGCAGCUAACCAAAUGAUCAUGGAGUCGAUGUACGGGCCGCAGACUAUCUCCAAGAUGCUUCAGAAUAGCGAGGAACUGAACGGCGAUCUUAACCGAAAAAAUAGCGAUAUGCAGAACAUCGAGAUGACUCCGUUCAAGAGUACUUCCGGCCAUCAAGAAGAUAUCGAUUCCUACAUGUUUCACAGCGACCUGUCCAAGUCGCAUGAUCUUCAGCGAGUCUCGCAAUACAUUCAGAGCCUGCCCGAUCUUCCUGUCUACGAAUCCAUGAAUGAGCUUCAGGCACGCUCAAAUCGUGAAUCGAUACUAUUCGCAAACGCAAUUCAAGACUCGAUGGUGGAUGAGACGAAAAUUGCGAGCGAGUCUGCCCUGAGUCCGAUACCGCCGCCACCUGCACCCCCGGACUUAUCUCAGAAGAUUACAAAAAAGAGUCCGACAACCGGCGAGAGAAUCUUCAGCGCGCUCAGAUCAGUUACCUCGCAGAGCUACAUAGAUGCUUCGGAAUUUUAUAAUUCGGUACUAUCCUCAGCGCAGCAAGUACAGCGACUUGCAUUUCCAUCGACAUCACCAUCGUUUAUGAAUGAUAGCACUGAAGAUCAUUUACAGGAUGUUGAAUACUUACAAGAUAUGCGAGAUAUUUAUGCGGAGACAGAUCCAGACCUGACUGGUCUCGACGGCUCGAGACGGAGUUCUGAUCUUUAUAGUCCUGAAUUAAAUCUUGAAGCUCACAGAACGGCACAAGAAGUAUACAAUAGUUUACAAGAUCCACCGUCGUCUCCCUUGUUGCUUAAAGAUCACAAUCACGAGUCUUAUUUUUCAGAUCCAAGUUUUACCCGAACGUCAGAGGAUAUUUUUAAUAGUCUCGAACAAAGACGUAAAAGUAUAGAAAGACUGAAUGGUAUUCACGAAUUUGUAGAACUUGAUGCUGCCGAUUCCUCAAGGAGAAGGAAUAGCCAGGAACUCUAUGCUGCUUUAGAGGAGGUACAAUUGCAGAGACGACUUUCACAGAGUCUGGAGGAGUCAUAUUUAGGUUACGCGAUAAAUGAUUUCAAUAACGUCAGAUCGGGAAAUCGUCGAAGUUCACUAGGUCCCGAGCCGGAACCACCGCCUGAUGAAUCCACUUUAAAAAGAGCGAUCAGUUGUGAGAGCGUAUGUUCCGAUACUAGCGUCAACUUAAACGAUUUGGAAGAGACGCCCAUCGUAGGUCAUAUCUGUGUUGGACUCGAAUAUGAGAGAUGGGGUGGUCGUGGAAGCGACUGCGAAGGCGAUCUAGCUGUAAGCGUCUUGGAAGCCAGGGAUCUGAUUGGUACUGACGGUUCUCCUGCGCAAGAUACUUUUGUUAGGGUGUGUUUACUACCCGACAGGCAAACCCAUGUGCAAACGAGAAUUUAUAGGGGAUGUCCAUCGCCUAGUUAUCAGGAAAAAUUUUUAUUUCCUCUCGAUGGCGGCCCAACAGGCAAAACACUUCUUGUUGAGGUAUUUUCUGAUGACUCUAACAUCGGUGGUGGCGCGUCUUUAAUCGGCGAAGCCAGUUUGAAGCUCGGCCCCGCAGCGAGGCCGCCAGCUACGACUUGGCUAGCACUUAGUGGUCCUGCCUUACCCACUCCGCAUUUAGGAGAGUUAAUGUUCUCUCUCAGUUACUUGCCAACGGCAGAGAGACUCACCCUUGUAGUCGUUAAAGCGCGCAACUUGCACGGAGCGAAUUCAUCUCCGGGUGAUUUCUUCGUUAAGGUAUAUCUGCUACAACAAGGAAAAAAGAUGCACAAGAAAAAGACAUCCGUAAAGAAAGGCGAGAAAAGUCCGAUCUUCAACGAGGCGAUAAUAUUCAGUGUGCCAGCGCACGCUUUACAGACUAUACAGUUGAGACUGACGGUGGCGGAAUUGAACGGAGACCAAGGAACAAAUCCAAAGGCGUACUCCGUAGGGCACAUCAUUGUAGGAUCUACCUCGACGGGAAAAGCAUUGGCUCAUUGGAGACAGAUGUUAACGGCCUUGCGACGUCCAGUCGCUAUGUGGCAUCCUCUCAGGAAGUAGAAACAGAAUCGUGUUCGAUUCAAAAGUAACCAGAAUAGCAGUUUGCGAAACAAUCUUGAACAGUACUAUGAUGAUCUUGGAUCUUCUUAUAUAAAAUUCUAUGUCACGCCCGCCUUUCUUUGAUGUAUUUAACGUUGGCAAGAGUACACAUAUAAAUAAUCUACAUAAAAUAAAAUAAAAUUUCAUGAAGAUGCGCAUUGUAAGCGCACCAUGUCUAUUUACUGUUAAUGGUCGUUUAGACCAUCGCGUGGCAAAAUACGCGCGAUAUUGUUGAUGACGGAAUUUAUUAACAAAAUUAUAUGUAUACUACUGAAUCGCACGAGCUAAUACAAAUUAUCGUAAUUAUUCAGUUAAUCUGUACUGAAUUCAUCGUCAAGCAUGAAUGAACAAAGUGAUCCGCACCAUCGUUUGUCUAAAUCACAUGAUAUGAGUAAUUAGAACAGAUCGAGUAAAUUUUGUGAUUAAAUUGUUACUCGAAAAAUUGUGAAAAUUGCAAUCAAUCGUAGCAAUUAAAUCAUCCUUCUAAACAGAUAAUUAAACUAUUUAAAGGGAUUCAACGCAGCCGACUGAAGCAAAAUUUAUGUGUUCUGUUACAUAUCUCUUUCUAAGCAAUUCACUCUUUUAAAGCAAUUAAAUUCAUUUUGGAAUAUUUACGAAUAUUUUAACUGUAAGUUUCUCUCUCUUAGGAAAUAGAUUACAAAUUAAUCUACAGAAUUAAAUUAAACUAUAAACGCUUAAUGCUAUACAACUUCAAAAUCAAUCAUGUAGUUGUUAGCAAAACUUGGAACUUUUUAUUUAUUAUCCGCAUAAUUCACUUAUUACGAAACUGUUUAGGAAUAAAUAAUUCAUAAAUUUUGAGUUUUUUCGACAUUAUCAAUUGCUUUUUCUAUAAUGUGUACACCAAACAUAUAUGAAAUACACAAAGUUGAUGCACAAUUUUGCCAUAGAUGAAGAAGACAGAUAUUUUUUCACGGACAUGCUAAUCGACCGAUUACGAUACAUUCCAUGUUCAAUGAUAAUGCGAUCUAUGCGACGAAAAUCAGAGUCCGAAUUGUAAUAUUCAAUGAUGUGGGAAUUAUUUUGCGGACAAGACUAGAUACGAUGAUUUCGUUGCAUCCGUAAAAAAAAGUUAUAUAAUAUUACAUAAUCGCCAUAACUUCCCGAUAAAUAUAUGUAUUAUAUGUUGAUUUUUUGGAUGAUGCAUUGCCUUUUAAAAACUAAGGGUCACAAGUUUUGACUAUCAUUAGAGUUAAAUGUAGAUUAGCCUUAAGAAUAUUGUAAAUUAAAGUGUAAGGGAGAUGCUAGACCUUUCCAUAUAAGUAUCCCUUAAAAAAGCGCUCCUGAUAUAUUGAAUGAUCUAUGUGUGACAUGCAUGCUUAUUCUUUUGUGAUUUAUACUAAGGAAAUUUUUUUUAAUUUAUUCAACACAGUAAAAGAGCUUGAGUGCAAA